CAUUAAUAGGGGCUCCCUAUAUAUUACGAGUAAUUCGGUUUACUUCGAUUCAAUUCAAAAGAAAUGGGCCCAUAUUUACCCCAAGUCCCUCCCUAACAUCAUAAAUGGCUCUACAAGAUCUUCUCUCUUCCAAUAAAAUAAGUUUCACCUCAAAAAAAUUCAUGUACUUUUUAUGUCGACCAGAUAAAAAAAAUCUAAAAUUAGUGUACCAUGAGAGAGAAAGCGUGUGAUUGCGAAAAAGUUAAAGAGAUGAAGGUCCCAUUGAAAAAGAUCUAUGAACCAAAUUGGAAAUUAUGGGCAACAUUUUUAAAAGGCAUAAUUCAACUGAAAAAUCCAGGAGAUAGCCAAUCCAAUCCAUUCUUCUCUCUUUUUUAACCUCCUGAUCACCUGGAAAACCUGUAUUUAAUAUGCCUACUGUUGCAAUUGAACCGCUUCUUCAUCAUUCUAUCAGACAACCAUGUCCCAGAAUUAAUCCAAUUAAUCCUCGGAAAUUGCUACCCUUUUCACUCAAUUUCAGUUCGAGGGCAGCUAGAAUUUGUGGGAGUUAUUCUAGCUAUGGACGUUCAAAACCCCUUUUUGUUACUGCUUGUUCUGCGACCAGUACUCUUCCUGUUUCCUCACAACCUACUGAAAUUGUUUACAGUGAGACAUUUGAGCUGCCAUUGGUACAAAAGGUGGAGGGCAAGAUAUGCAUUAGCCUGGAUCAAGGGAAGGAUGGAGAUAGUUGGAUAUUGAAAGUUGGGUGCACUCUUCCAGGGAAAUGGGUUCUGCACUGGGGUGUGAAUUAUGUGGGUGACGUCGGAAGGGAGUGGGAUCAACCUCCAAAUGAAAUGAGGCCUCCAGGUUCUGUUGCUGUUAAGGACUAUGCUAUAGAGACACCAUUGACACAAUCAUCCUCCUCUGAGGGCUGUCUUCAUGAAGUGACCAUUGAUUUCAAUUGCCAUAGUAAAAUUGCGGCUAUCAAUUUUGUGUUGAAGGAUGAAGAAACUGGAUCAUGGUAUCAGCAUAAAGGGAUGGAUUUUGUGGUCCCUCUUGUUGAUUAUCUCUGUGAUGAUGAGAAUGUUGUUGGAAUGAAGAAGGAAUUUGAUUCAUGGCCAGGAACUUUUGGACAGUUGUCUAAUAUGCUUCUUGAAAGCGAUGGACCUCUGUGUAAUGUUGAAGGCAUUGAUGAAGCGUCUCCUGAGCUUGCUUUAGCCAAUCGAAUACUUGAAGGGUUUUAUGAAGAGCAGCCUAUAGUAAAAGAAGUUCCUGUUAGCAAUUCACUGUUUGUCUCUGCGAGAAAAUGCUCAGAAACGGAUAAGAAUAUCGUCUUUUUGGAAACUGAUUUGUCAGGGGAUGUUGUAGUUCAUUGGGGAGCAUGCAGAGACAAUCCCAUGAAAUGGGAAGUACCAGAAGCACCACAUCCACCAAAUACCGAAGUAUUUAAGGACAAGGCGUUGCGCACAAAACUGCAGACUAAAGGAGACGGAUUUGGAGCUAAUGGACUUUUUACUCUAGAUAAAGAAAUUACCGGAUUUCCUUUUGUCCUGAAGGUGAAUGAUCAAGUGUGGUUAAACAAUAGAGGAAAUGAUUUUUUUAUCCCUCUUUCCAGGGCCCAAAGUGUGGGUGGUCCAUCUGAUGAAAUAGAUAAGAAGGUAUCUUCAGAGUCAUUCUCUGGAUCUGUGACAAAGGAUGAAGACCCACCAAUAGAAAAUCAAGAAAUUCUUCAAACUACUUUUACAGAUGGAAUCAUCAAAGAGAUACGGAAACUAGGUACUGACAUCACUUCUGACACGAAAUGGAAAAGAAAAAGUAAAGAAGCACAGGAAACUAUUCUGCAAGAGAUCGAGAAGUUGGCUGCAGAAGCAUAUAGUAUCUACAGAAGCUCUACUACAACCUUUCCUGUAGAAGCUGAUUUAGAAACUGAAGAGUUAGAAAUUCCAACUGAAAUUUGCUCUGGGACAGGGAGUGGUUUUGAAAUUCUAUGCCAGGGGUUCAAUUGGGAGUCCCAUAAAUCUGGAAGAUGGUACAUGGAGCUCCUCGAAAAAGCUUCUGAAUUGUCAUCACUUGGGUUUACUGUAAUUUGGUUGCCACCUCCCACUGAAUCUGUAUCACCUGAAGGUUAUAUGCCAAAAGACCUUUACAACUUAAAUUCGAGAUAUGGUACAAUUGAUGAGCUGAAGACUGUUAUCAAGGCAUUUCAUAAAGUUGGUAUUAAAGUUCUUGGAGAUGCUGUUAUAAAUCAUCGUUGUGCACACUUCAAAAACCAAAAUGGUAUUUGGAAUAUUUUUGGAGGCCGCCUUAAUUGGGAUGAUCGCGCAGUUGUUGCUGAUGAUCCUCAUUUCCAGGGUAGAGGCAAUAAGAGCAGUGGAGAUAACUUUCAUGCUGCACCGAACAUUGAUCAUUCACAAGAUUUUGUAAGAAAUGAUCUUAAAGAAUGGCUACGCUGGCUGAGGAAAGAUAUCGGCUAUGAUGGCUGGAGGCUUGAUUUUGUGCGUGGAUUUUGGGGUGGUUAUGUUAAGGACUACAUCGAUUCUAGUGAGCCCUACUUUGCUGUUGGGGAGUACUGGGAUUCACUUAGCUAUACGUAUGGAGAGAUGGAUUACGAUCAAGAUGCUCAUAGGCAGAGAAUUAUUGACUGGGUUAAUGCUACUGGUGGAACUGCGGGUGCUUUUGAUGUCACCACAAAAGGGAUUCUCCAUUCUGUCCUGGAGAGAUGUGAAUAUUGGCGUCUGUCAGAUCCAAAAGGAAAACCGCCUGGGGUUGUUGGCUGGUGGCCUUCUCGUGCUGUCACCUUCAUUGAAAAUCACGAUACUGGUUCUACCCAGGGUCAUUGGAGAUUUCCUGGUGGCAAGGAAAUGCAAGGUUAUGCUUACAUCCUGACUCACCCUGGAACACCAGCAGUUUUCUAUGACCACAUCUUCUCAGACUACAAAUCUGAAAUAUCUGCACUUAUCUCUGUCCGAAAUAGAAACAAAAUCAGCUGCAGGAGCCUUGUUAAGAUAACCAAAGCAGAUAGGGAUGUAUACGCAGCAGUUAUAGAUGAUAAAGUGGCCAUGAAAAUUGGACCUGGUCAUUACGAGCCACCAAGUGGGCCCCAGCAAUGGUCUGUGGCUGUUGAGGGCAGAGAUUACAAGGUUUGGGAAUCAAAGUGAGAAAUCCCUGAAUUUUUUAGAAUCAAAGUGAGGAGCAUAUCAGGAUGGAAUUUCUCAGUGUAGAUCAUGUAGUAAAGUAACCCUCACAAAUACACAGGGUCGGUCUUUAAUUGUACAGGAAAACCAGGAAGGAUGAUUUGCAUUGGCAGAAAUUGGCUCUGCUCUGUAGUGUAUCUGGCAUAUUCUUGCAAUCUACUGAUGAUUGAGUAUGAACUUGAUGUUGCCUUUCAGCGUGUAAGUGUGGUAGUAUAUAUGGUCUGUAUCUACAUUCUUUAAUAAGCAGAGGAUGCAAGUUAUCCUUGUACUGGCAAAAACUGUAAUACCCAUUUUUCUACAUUACAGCAGGAUAAUCAUGUUUAUUCACUCUGAUUCUGAAUAAAUGUAUCAGUUAUUCUGUCUA